AUGGGCAACAUCAGUUCGCGCCAAGCUGAAAUCUCGGUCGAUUCGUUCGUUCUCGGUCUGGCGCACAUUAUCGACUCGGCCUUUCGACGUAUCAAUCGCGCACUAUCCACAUUCUCGAGCUUGUUUUUCUCGAGAAUCUUCGGCUACGAUGUAGUGUUCGUCGACACCUCUUCGCCGGCCUCGGCGGCGCUCACUCGGAAAGAGUCGUUGGUGUGUGGACCGGGAAAUGUCUGCAUCGUCCCUGCGAACCGUGUUCAACAGCGUCAAUUGGAGAAGAAGAGGAGGAGCGAAAGGAGGAAGAGGGCCGAGGCAGCAGCCAUGGGCGACAAGCUGUUGCACAACCACAGAUACAGUAUCGUCAACAGCGUUCCCAAUAGUCCGGCCAGAGAGGAUGUGCACGCCAGUUUGGGUCAAGUGGCCAAGGCUCCCGCUGCUAGACCUGCCGAGGAGAGGGAGACAGUGAGUGAGAGGGAGAGGGGAAAGCUGUGGGUCAUGGGCAACGUUGCUGCGUCUCAUCGCUCACAACCCAAAACCGAGGUGCGCAUCAACCGUCUUGCUUCUUCGCCGCUCUCGCCGGAGCGCAUCGAUGAGCAUGUCUUACAACGCGUGCAGGAUCAACGUUGGCACGUGCAUUCCGAUUCUACCAUGAUCAAACGUCAAAUCCAACCAAGAAAAUCGUCCAGAUCGACCCAACCCAGCCUCUUUUCCGCUGCACGAGUCGAAACGCCUAGUGCCAACCGUGGAGGAGCCAAAAUCGCACCGGUUGUCGAGACGGACGAAACGGUCGCAGAGGGCGCGUUUGAUUCGGGACAUUUGACCCGGCGCAAGCAGCCGUUGCAUGCUGCAACAGUGUUGCCGCCAGGGGCGCUUUCGCUGGGUGCUUCACCGUGGCAACCCACUUUCCGACACCCAUUCAGCGCUGAGCACGAGCCGUGGCAGAUGAACACGACGGUAGUGAUGAUGAGCAAGCCAAAGCAGCACAUGAAACAGCAGCAGCAAAGACCGAAACUGUCGUUGGAUAUACAGACUGGUCCAGCCACCACGCCGCCAUUUGCUUCGCCCAUCAGCGUGGAUGACGACGCCGAUCAGUCCGUCACUGCGCUCCAGGCCGGGUACACCAUCUCGCGGCCGCCAUCUGCCGCGUCGUCGGCCAACCACAACCGAGCACGAGCAUCCAUGGCGCGCAAAUCCAUCGAUGCCAUCUCGCUACGUUCGAUCGACUCUUCGCAUCCCAACGCCUCGGCGGCCAUCGACGUCAAGCUGCUCGCCACCAAAGCCGUCAAGGAAGAGCGCGGAAGGAAGGUCUGGAAGGACCAUGUGAACAAAGCGGCGAUGCAACGCUGCCUGCAACAGCAACAUCCAGAGGGCGGCAGCGGCAUGGGCAUGGGCAGACGCUUCAGUGCCACCACGCUCGCAGCUGGAGGUGUAGGCGGCCUGGCGCGCGUCAAGACCAACGAAGCCGACUUGCUCGGUACAGGCGCAAUGCGCAAGCCAAGGAGAGGGUCCAGUCCAAGCUUGGCCCUCCAGAUGCCACUCACUAGCGGCAGAAGCACACCCGUAUUGAGAGCCGAGUCGCCACUCCAUACCAUUUCACACUGCUACCAAGCGUGA